GUCCUUUCCUGUUUGAUAAGUCUGAGUUUGAGUGAGAGGCAGGCAGUUAAUGGCAACACUGACAGUGUAGCUGGCGAACCCGUUUUGUUCAAGAGAUACGGCAACAUUUGACUUAUAACUAUAAUGCAUUACUAAGUAUCUCCCGGGGAAUAGGCGAAACAUUAUCUGCAGACAGUGUUUGUUGCUAAAAUAUUGUAAGCUAACAGUUAGCUAGCUAACAACAGUGCACUGUUUUGAACGUCGAUGACACCAGAAUUAGUUGUGCACUUCGUUUAUUGCUAGCUAAUUAUAUUAUUAGGUAACUUAGCUACAUUAUACCAAAAGUAUCACUUUUUAGAGAUGGACAACGUUACUUCAUCGUCAUACCAUCAUGCAUAUGAAUCAGAGGGCCAGGGGCACAGUCCACCAUACAGGAGGCGGACGGUGGAGGACUUCAACAAGUUCUGCACAUUUGUGUUGGCAUAUGCAGGCUAUAUCCCAUAUCCCCAGGAGGACUCUCCUCUGCGUAGUAGCUCCAGCCCCCCCAACAGUACAGGCAGUACAGCAGACAGUGAUGGCUGGACCCCUGUCCCUCAACCCCCCUCUUGCCCCCCGCGCGCCCCCCAUACCCCUCAGGACAAGAACAGGAAACGACCCCAUCUCACGGGAAUCCACCCUGGGGCCUCACUAUCCAGCCAUGUUAUGAAAAAUCAUAGCCAUUUAGCAUCCUCCCUGCACCCAGAUGACCAGAGGAAAGCCAACAAACUGAAGAAGAGGAGGAAGGACCGGGAGAGCCAGGACGGCGAGCCGAGCUCUGCACAUCAGGCCGACGCAAUGAGCCCAGAGCCACAGUUCCCCUUGCCCCUGGGAGGACGACCAAUCAAAGACGAGCCUGAGGAUGACUUCUUCAUCCCCCUCCACCCUUCAUCCCCUCACCCCCUGCCCAGCCCCUCUCACUUCAAUAACUCCUCCCCCUGUAAGCAGGAGCACAAUGAGGAGUGGGAGUGCUGGGCGGGACAGGGGCUGGUGAAGGUGGAGAGUGCGGAGAGUUUUACUGGGAACAGGACGGUGAUCCGACAGGGGAAACAGGUGGUGUUCCGAGAUGAGGAUGGCUCCGGAGAGGAUGAGGACAUCAUGGUGGACUCCGAUGAUGACUCGUGGGACCUGGUGACGUGUUUCUGUAUGAAGCCGUUUGCAGGCCGGGCCAUGAUUGAGUGUAACCAGUGUAACACGUGGAUCCACCUGUCCUGUGCUAAGAUCAGGAAGUCCCACGUUCCUGAGACUUAUAUGUGUCAGAGCUGCAGAGGCACACUGGGCCUGGCAGACACCCGCCGCUCAUACCGCUCACGCAUUGGCCCCCGCAGACACCUUCUUGACUGACCCCAUUGCAAACCCCUUCACCCCUCUCACCUGCAUUUAGACCAUGCCCCAUACGGUUCUAACCCCAACCCGGUCCUGUAACGCAUGCCCCAGGCCAGCCCUUUCCUUUUGUCCCUGACCCCAGUCCUACCCCAUGCCCUUUUCCUCACCCCUAUUAGGUCGACUAAGCCUACUAGCCAUCCCUCGGGGUCUUCAACACCCCCAAACUAAACUGAUCCGAGUGCUAUUUAAGAUUUAUUAUACAUUUGACGGUUUCUCUCUGCUUCCUUCCAGACUCUGUGUGCGUAAGUCAAUCACUGAAUGUCUGUCUGUGGUAGUACAAUAGUUGACCAGUAGGGUUGGACUCCGUAGUCUAGUCUGGCUGACCGGUUAGCUCUGACUGGAUAGAGACUAGCGACGCAUCUCACAUGAACAGUGGAAACCUGUCUUCACUCUUAAACUGUCGGAGAGAAUGGCCUAUAGAGCUGCCACCCAACAGUGUGCAUUUUGGGACGUUGGCUUUUUGCUCUUAUUUCAUGCGUUAAAGGGGUGUGUUGACUUGCCAACCCCUUCUCCCCCAACCACCCUCUCAACUAGGUGGUUGGUACGUUUGUCUGUCUGAGGGAAGCCUUUGUCUAAAGCCUCAAGCAGAGGGUCUGUAGAUAAUGAUGUCCAGUUCUAUACUGAACAAAAAUAUAAAUGCAACAUACUGAGUUAGUUCAUAUUAGGAAAUUUGAGUUAGUUCAUAUAAGGAAAUUUGUCAAUUGAAAUAAAUAAAUUAGGCCCUAAUCUAUGGAUUUCACAUGACUGGGAAUAUAGAUAGGAAUCUGUUGGUCACAGAUACCUUAACAAAUAAAAGGUAGGGUCAUGGAUCAGAAAACCAGUUAGUAUUUGGUGUGACCACCAUUUGCCUCAUGCAGCGCAACACAUCUCCUUCGCAUGUAGUUGAUCAGACUGUGGAAUGUUCUCCUAUUCAAUGGCUGUUCGAAGUUGCUGGAUAUUGGCGGGAACUGGAACGCUCUGUCAAUCCAGAGCAUCCACAUACUCAAUGGGUGACAUGUCUGGUGAGUUUUUAAUUAUUUUUUACCUUUAUUUAACUAGGCA